AUGUGCGUCAAGUGCGGCCUGGGUAUCUAUGGAGCCAGGCAGGCGUGCCAGGCUAUGGGCAGCCUCUACCACACUGACUGCUUCAUCUGUGACUCCUGUGGGAGACGACUCCGAGGCAAGGCGUUCUACAACGUGGGCGAGAAGGUGUACUGCCAGGAGGACUUCCUGUACUCUGGGUUCCAGCAAACGGCCGACAAGUGCAGCGUGUGCGGACACCUCAUCAUGGACAUGAUCCUGCAGGCCCUGGGCAAGUCUUACCACCCCGGCUGCUUCCGCUGCUGCGUGUGCAACGAGUGUCUGGACGGGGUGCCGUUCACGGUGGACGUGCAGAACAAGAUCUACUGUGUCAGAGACUAUCACGCGGUAUUUGCACCAAAAUGUGCCUCGUGCGCCCACCCCAUCCUCCCAGCACAGGGCUGUGAGACCACCAUCCGUGUGGUGUCCAUGGACAGAAACUACCACGUGGAGUGUUACCACUGCGAGGACUGCAGGCUCCAGCUGAGCGGUGAGGAUGGACGGCGCUGCUACCCACUGGAGGGCCACCUGCUCUGCCGCCGGUGCCACCUGCGGCGCCUGGGGUCCGGCCUGCUUCCCUCCGCCACUGCGCGCGUCACUGAGCUCUGACAGGGCAGGAUUGGAUGAGUGGCCCGGGCUCCGCGUGGCUCGCUUGCUUCCAUGCCUCUCCGCACCCACUCCUCCCACCCAGCUGCUGUCCCGUCCCCAGGGGCUGGCCCCCUGAGCCAAGCUACUUCUAUUUAUUCACCGUCUGUGCCUCUCAGCACCCCUUCCCGCUGGACACAGGGAGCCGCCAGACACCAGCACGCACUUCCCAGGGUUCAAGCCUCAGGACCUGCCACCCCUCACUUCGCACCCCCCCCAAAAAAAAAAAGCCAGAAGUGGAGGUGUGGUUCAAGUGGUAGAGAGCCAGCCUUGGGAGGGAGGGGACGGACACCGAACGAGAGGGUGAGAUCUUGAGUUCAAGUGCCCCCCCCCCGCCCCUGUACUGGCACAACAUAAGUUCAGAGGCCUGGGGCCUUGUCCAAAUCCACUCGCCCCCAAGCAGGGUUUGGUGGGUGGUGGUGUGGUGCUCAGGUUUGUGAGUUUUUAGUUUUUGCCCACUGGUGGGUGGGAAAGGGUCCCAGCGUGGGGGGGAGGAAAGGCAUCCUGGGGGAAAUUGUGGAGACUGGCCAUGGCCUUGAGGGGGGUCUCCCCUAGGUCUUCUGGAUCCUGGCUUGGGUGGGGGCAGCCCCCCUUCCUUGGCAGAUGGACAGCCCCUGGUCAUGGUGAAGCGGGGCCACAAGGGGGCGCCCUGUGCACCUGGCUCAGGACACACCUGUGUGCGGGCAGCACACUGCUUCCCGCCCCCAGGACAAACAUGAUAGGAUUUGACUUAAAUUAAGUUUUGGGGUGUUCCUGUUGUUGUUUUGGUUGGUUUUCCUUUGAGGAUAUCUUUAUUAUACUUUAAAAGACUCGUGUUUUCAUUCUAAGAAUUUGGGCCCAACUGAUAAUUUCUUAAAGUUACAGCCGACUCCACAAUACGUGUCCCAAUUUGUGUAUCACAUGUCUAAACUUCAGGUGGAAAAGAACGUUGUAGUUUUAAACUAUUUUUGUAUAAAUU